AUGGAUGACUCGCAGGAGCUGCCGGCGAAGAAAGCUAAACUUGACGUUGAGCGAGAACUGGAGAAAGAGCAAAAUAAUUUAGGAGAGGAUGGAAGCCCGAGUGCUGUGCUUGCGCAGUCAGAGCAGGGAAGCACGUACUCCACCAUGUCCAUCUCGCAACUUGGCACACGGGCUGGCGAGGCCGAAGCAGAAAUAGAAGCGGCACCCCAAUUGAACUCUUACACACACUCUGCAUCCGACACGACGGCCGGGUCUGAAUACACGCAGCAGGUGUAUGAAGGAAACAACCCCGCGGUGACAUCAUACGCCAGCUCCGUGUCCUUCCCCCCACUGGCUCAGUCUGCCGUCUACUCUGCUUUCCCACAGACAGGCCAAACGUACGGCCUGCCGCCCUUCGGUGCUAUGUGGCCAGGCAUAAAAACAGAGACAGGUCUGCCAGAGGCGCCCUCUGGUGGCCAGCCUGGGUUUCUCAGCUUCAGUACCACAUAUACCUCAAGCCAGCCAAGCCAGCUGCACUACUCAUACCCCAGCCAAGGCUCCAGUUUCACAACAUCCAGCGUCUACUCCAACAUCCCGUCCGCUACGGCCGCUACCACAGCAUCUAACACAGCGGCGCUACAAGAAUUUAGCGGCUACAACUCUCUUGGACAGAGUCAAUUUUCGCAGUAUUACAGCCUGCCUUCCAGUUACGCGCCCGCGGGUUUGCCCAGUAGUGACGACCACGGAGGCGCAGUGUACUCAGCGGUUAAGUCAGAAGAAGCCGCAUCGGCCGGACUUCCUCCUAGAGAUGCGUCCCCACCCGAGAACCUCCCAGCAGGGGCGGCUCUUCCCACCAGUGUAGCUCAACCGGCUGGAGCCAGAGACCAAGACGAGGUUGGACGCAGGAAUUCGAUGGGAAAGGCAAAAGGAAAGGCUAAAAAGUGUGAUAGUUCACCACCGACUGAAAACGAUUUGGAGCGGAUCUUUCUGUGGGAUCUGGAUGAGACCAUUAUCAUAUUCCACUCGCUGCUCACAGGCUCCUUUGCACAAAAGUUUGGCAAGGACCCCGCGACAAUGCUGAACUUGGGUUUGCAAAUGGAGGAGUUCAUCUUCGAGUUAGCUGACAACCACUUGUUCUUCAAUGAUUUGGAGGAAUGUGACCAAGUCCAUGUUGAUGACGUCGCGUCUGAUGACAACGGACAAGAUCUAAGUAACUACAACUUCCUGGCAGAUGGAUUUAACGGCCCCAGCGGCGGAGGGGCCGCCGGGGCCACCACGGGGGUCCAGGGUGGCGUUGAGUGGAUGCGAAAACUAGCUUUUCGCUACCGUCGCCUAAAAGAGAUUUACAACAGCUAUAAAGGAAAUGUAGGAGGACUUUUGAGUCCAGUGAAAAGAGAGCUGCUUUUACGGCUUCAGUCCGAUAUCGAGAACGUAACCGACUCGUGGCUCAGCACGGCGCUCAAGUCUCUACUGCUCAUCCAGACCAGAGGGAAGUGUGUUAAUGUCUUGGUCACCACCACUCAACUGGUACCAGCGCUGGCUAAAGUUCUGCUCUAUGGAUUAGGAGAUGUCUUCCCCAUAGAGAACAUCUACAGCGCCACAAAAAUAGGGAAAGAAAGUUGCUUCGAGAGGAUAGUCUCUCGCUUCGGGAAGAAAGUCACUUACGUCGUCAUAGGCGACGGACGCGACGAAGAGUUUGCAGCCAAACAGCACAACAUGCCUUUUUGGCGGAUCUCCGCACACGGCGACCUGGUGUCUUUGCACCAAGCGCUGGAACUGGACUUCUUGUAA